AUGUCUUCCCAACGGUUGCAAAGAACGACAGAGAACCCAACUCUCGAGCUUAAAAUCAUAUCAGCCUAUGAUGUCAGCAAUAUCUAUGCUACGGACAAGGUGGACGUGUACGCUGUCGUUUCAUUGAAAGGCGACGAUACUCAAAAGAAACAAGCCGCCAAAACACCCAUUGACUACGAUGGUGGUUCCAACCCGACGUGGAAUCACACCAUCAAGUUCUCCAUCAACGAGAAAGCUGGUGAGGGUCCAUUAACCAUCUACAUCAAGUUAUUUAGCUAUUGGCUCGAAGGAGAGAACGACCUUUACUUGGGAGAAGUCAACGUCUCCGUUCAAGAACUUUUAGCCUCAAAUCCACUUCCACCGUUUGCUAACCGUAACGUCAAUAAAAUGAAGUUGGUAACGUACCCUCUCAGUUUCAUAGGAGAAACAAAACCAAAUACAAAGCUGUCUCUCUCCUACCGGUUUAAUCCGGUUAAGGAUCUCUAUCCUCCAACACCGUUUAGCCAACCUAUAUACCCAAACCCGGAUCCAAAUGGAUCAUGUCAGCCAUUCAUAUACUCUCCUCAUCAGUUACAAACCACCACGGUGACAAAACUAGCCCUAGAGCUCGUGAUCAAAUGCGCCAAGGACAUAAAGAAAGUCAACGUAUUCGACGAAAUGCAUGUAUACGCUUCGGUUACGAUCCGUGAGGGCAAGGAAACAGUUAAGCAUAGGAGCACUACACCUAUAGCAUUCUCCGCUUAUCAAAACCCUAAGUGGGAUCACACCGUUAAGUUUACACUCGACGAGGGUUUAGCUCGAGACGACCGUUUGUUGCUAUCCGUUGAGUUAAUGAGCCACAGACCGAUUCUAGGAGAUAAGCGUAUUGGAGAAGUCAACGUCUCGGUUCAGGAUCUUUUGAGUUUGAGUCCUCCGUUAACAAAAGGUGAUGGUAACGACAUGAUGUUGGUGACGGAGGAUGUGUCAACGUUGUCAGGCAAGAAAGGAACAUUGAGCUUCACGUAUAGGUUUCUUAGGGAACAAGUUACAGUUUCUAAGCCUUCACCACAAACAAACCCUCAACCAUUUAUUAUGUAUCUACCUAUGGGGCAUCAAGCAUACUCGUCACCGGAUUCGAUUCAAGCCGGGUCAAGCAAUGGUUUAGUACCAAUUUGUAUGGCGCCUCCAUUUCAGUCACAUGGAUACCAAUACUAUUCACCUCACCAACCACAAGAGAAUACACAUCACCAACAACAAUUCCAGCUACCGUCUCGACCACUAUAUGAUACACAUCCAGAGUCAUAUCAGUCAUAUGGAAACCAACAAUAUUCACCACCCGAACCACUACCUCAACAUAAACUCCAGAUUCCCCCUCAACAGUCGACACAAGCGCAAACGGAAGGCGCGCGACCACAAGGGAAGCCGCAAGGGGGUGCCAUGGCAGCGAUGGGAAUAGGGGCAUCGGUUUUGGGACGAGUAAUAGGUGGAGCUUUAAUGAGUGACAUGAUGAUGUCUGGUGAAGCAAACAUGUACGAGGGUGGGGAUUGA